UUGCAACAUUUUAAAUGGCCGGCAAAAGUAAAAAGAAACGAAACAGUAAAGAUUCAACAUCCAGCAAUGCAGGCAGUGGCGAGGGCGACGAUAAGAAAAAGAAAGAAGGCAUUAGCGGCAGCAAGAAAAAAGGUGGUGUUGGCAAAUCCAUCGGCUGUGAUAUAUUCAACGAUGCAGCAAUGGAGAAUGCCUACUAUGUUUGCCACAAUGUUCAGGAUGUGCUGAAAACCCGUGGCUUUCCUUGGCCAGAUGGACAAAAGAAGAAGAAGAAGGGCAAGCGUUGAUGAAAU